AUGGCUACCAUAGCCGAGGUGGUUAACCGUUUAACUCUUCUACGCUCAUCCAAUCAAGAAACUCCUCUCAGAGAGUGUGAGGGAACAAUUGAAGGGCGUAGAGAAGAGGAGAGCAUGGAGCCACAAGGGAAAGAAGAAGAGCUAAAGCAUGAAUUGAAACAAGAAGGAGAAAGGGAAGAUCCUAAUGAACUUCCUCCCAUUGAGCUUGAGAAAGACAUGGAGGUAGACUCCUCACAACCUCCUUGUUAUGAUGUGAGUGAUGGGGAAGAGGAGGAAGAGGUUGGUGAGGAAGGAGUUGACAACCAAGAACAUAUUGAGUGGGUGGCAAUUUCACCUAUAAACUUCAUUGGCCCCAUCAAUAUGCUAUCUUGGAAACAGAUUACCAACUCAAGGUCCUUCUUGGGUUGGUACAUGCAACCCAUAACCCCCGCAUCCGCCAACCGAAGGUGGAGCUCUCGAGAGACAUUUUUCCCGGAUGAUGUUCGUGCACGGAGGACCGUGCAAUGCUUAAAUGUGGGGGAUGAUUCGUCAUUUUGGGGCCUUGCACAACGGUCAGAUGUACAUGAGUGUAGUUUGGUCAUUAGAGAGCGACCUGCUAAUCAGCCACAAUAUAGUCUUCCAACUGCGUCGCAGGUAGCAGCUAUAAUUGUUGGUGAUGACGUUGAAACAAUGAUUCGUGGGCGAGAUAUUAAGGUGCAAACUCAUGCUGGUAGCCUACGAAGGAUUCAGGAAUUCGUUGGCUAUUACGAUCCACUACAAUAUCCUCUUCUUUUUCCAUUUGGAACUCAUGGAUGGGAUAUCAAUACCCGAAGUCAAAGUGGCGGCAAAGUAUCAUGCCAAACAUAUAAUAGCUAUAUGCUCCAGAUCCGCCCCGAUGAUCAUUCCACCGUAUUGCAAGCAGGGCGACUACUACAACAAUAUGUUAUUGAUAACUAUGUGAAAAUUGAAACCGGAAAGUUAAGAUGGGUUCGAACUAGACAGAAGAAAUUACAGGCUGAAUUAUACCAAGGCUUACAAGAUGCUUUGCACACAAGAGAAACCAAUGCAGAAAAUGUUGGAAGAAAAAGAACAAUAUUACCAUCGUCGUUCAUUGGUAGCCGUCGCGACAUGACCCAACGAGAUGAAGAUGGAAUGGCGAUUGUUCUUAAAGAGGGCAAGCCAGAUAUUUUUCUCACAAUGACAUGCAAUCCAUCUUGGACUGAGAUAACUUCAGAACUCAACCCAGUUCAAACUCCACAAGAUCGUCCAAAUCUAACAACAAGAAUUUUUCGAGCCAAAUUUGAACAGCUGAAAGAGGAUGUAAUUACUAAGGGUGUUUUGGGAAAGGUGAAGAGCUAUAUUUAUGUCACUGAGUUUCAAAAAAGAGGGUUGCCACAUGUACAUAUGUUGUUAAUCUUAGAGAACAAUGACAAGUUAAUUGACCCGGAGCAUUAUGAUAGUUUAGUACGUGCAGAGAUACCAUCUAAAGAAGUAGAACCACACCUACAUGAUGCAGUGCUAAAACAUAUGAUUCAUGGUCAUUGCGGAACACUUGAUCAAUCUUCGCCCUUUGACAAUAGAUGGGUAGUUCCGUACAACUCUUGGCUACUACUAAAGUAUGAUUGCCAUAUUAAUGUUGAGAUAUAUAGUAGCAUAAAGAGUAUAAAGUAUCUCUAUAAAUAUUGCUACAAGGGUCCAGACCGAGUUGCAAUGGAAGUUCACAAUGGUUCUAAUGUUGACGAGGUCCAACAGUUUGCUGAUGCAAGAUGGAUCGCUGCUCCAGAGGCAUGUUGGAGAAUAUUUAAAUUUAACCUUUACCGAAUGUAUCCAUCAGUGGAAAGGUUACAAAUUCAUUUGCCAAAUCAACAUCAAGUGAGCUUCUAUGAUCACCAAACCAUUCCUGAAAUACUUAAUGAUGAUUAUUUCUCUAGAACAAUGCUCACUGAGUUCUUUGCCCUAAAUCGUGAGGAGGACCAACAAUCUAGGCAUCUUCUGUACAGGAAAAUUCCAGAGUAUUACACUUGGCACAACAAGGAAAAGGAAUGGCGUCGGUGCAAGACACAGAGAAUAUCCAUCGGUCAAAUUUAUACUGUAUCACCUUCAGAAGGAGAAAAAUUCUAUUUGCGUAUUCUGUUAUCUAAUGUCAGAGGACCAAUCAGUUGGGAUGACUUGCUAACAGUGAAUGGGGUCCAAUAUUCGUCCUUCAAGCAAUCUGCUAAACACCGAGGAUUGUUAGAGAGUGACAGUAGCAUCCGUGCGUGUUUGGUUGAGGCUUCUGUUUUACGAUUUCUAUGUGCUUUACGAAGGUUGUUUGCAACCAUCUUAAUAUUUUGUGAGCCUACAGAUGUAAGAAGCUUAUGGAAUGGAUUUUUUUCAUAUAUGGUGGAUGAUUAUCCGUCAGCCAGCACCACAACAGCCUUAGUGUUCACAAAUCGGCUACUCAGGGAUAUAAAUGAUAUACUCCUUCAGCACGGAAAACAGAUUACACAAUACGAUUUGCCAGCUCUAACUCAUGAAAAUGACAAUGACAACUCAAUACCCAGAGUUAUCCAAGAAGAACUAGAAAGUGGAGUGUUCUUUGUUGAUGGGCCAGGAGGAUCAGGCAAAAUAUUUCUUUAUAGAGCUAUAAUUGCAGAAUUGAGAAAUAAGGGUCAUAUUGUCUUGGUAACUGCAUCAUCAGGAAUAGCCGCAACAUUAUUACCUGGGGGUCGAACAGCUCAUUCUAGGUUUAAGAUCCCAAUUAAUGCAGAACCAUCAUCCAUUUGCAACAUAAGCAAACAAUCAGAUCUUGCAAAGCUGAUUAGACAAACAACGACAAUCAUCUGGGAUGAAGCACCUAUGGCAAAUAAAGAAUCGGUGCAAUCAUUAGACCACACUCUGAGAGAUAUAUUAGCAAACGAUAUGCCAUUUGGAGGAAAAGUGAUGGUGAUGGGAAGAGAUUUCCGCCAAGUACUGCCUGUGGUACCGAAAGAAUUGAGCCCACCAUACAUGAAGACUUUGUACGGAUACAAGCAAAUAUGGCAAUUCCGUGGGAGGGUGAAACAUCGUUACACAAGUUAA